AUGUGUCUCUCUCUCUCAGUUUAUUUAGACCGUCUCCCUCCUCUCUCUCUCUCUCUCCCUCUCUCCCUCUCAGUUUAUUUAGAAUGUGUCUCUCUCUCAGUUUAUUUAGACCGUCUCCCUCUCUCUUUCUCUCUCCCUCUCAGUUUAUUUAGAAUGUGUCUCUCUCUCAGUUUAUUUAGACCGUCUCCCUCUCUCUCUCUCUCUCUCUCACUAUCAGUUUAUUUAGAAUGUGUCUCUCUCACAGUUUAUUUAGACUGUCUCCUUGCCUCUUUCUCUUUCCCUCUCAAUUUAUUUAGAAUGUGUCUCUCUCUCAGUUUAUUUAGACCGUCUCCCCAUCUCUCUCUCUCCCUCCCUCUCAGUUUAUUUAGAAUGGGUCUCCCUCUCAGUUUAUUUAGACUGUCUCCCUCUCUCUCUCCCCCUCUCAACCGUCUCCCUCUCUCUCCCUCUCUCUCUCUCCCUAUCAGUUUAUUUAGAAUGUGUCUCUCUCUCAGUUUAUUUAGACCGUCUCUCUCUCUCCCUCUCAGUUUAAUUAGAAUGUUACUCUCUCUCAGAUUAUUUAGACCGUCUCCCUCUCUCUCUCUCUCUCCCUAUCAACCGUCUCCCUCUCUCUCUCUCCCUCUCAGUUUAAUUAGAAUGUUACUCUCUCUCAGUUUAUUUAGACCGUCUCCCUCCCCCCUCUCUCUCUCUCUCGGUUUAUUUAAACUGUGUCUCUCUUUCUCUCGGUUUAUUUACAUCAUGUCACUUUCUCUCUCAAUUUAUUUAUAUUCUUUUUGUCUCUUAUUGUUAAUAGCAACAGCAAUUCCUUGCAAAAUUUUAUAA